AUGCUAGCGGAGCUUCAACAGGUCGAUACAGCAACACAAGCUACAGAUUUUGCGACUUACUCGUGUCAUCGUCAGGCGAGGUACCGCUGUCGUCCUCCACGCCUCUCUCCCCCCUCCCCGCCAAUGGACGCCAUAUCCCGGCCGCCCGCCGCCCCCCUCUCCGCGCGCCGAUGGGUGGUGGGGCACAAGAAGUGGGCCCCCCCCGCCGCCGCCCCCCCGCCUGCUUCCGCCUCCUUCGGCUCCUCUCUCGCCGACUCCUUCCUUCUGUCGCACGCGCCGUCCCACUCGUCGCACGUCCCUUCGCACCCGUCGCUCGUCUCGUCGCACCCGUCGCACGGCGGCAGCUGGGCCAACGGGAGCGUCGUGGAUGGAAGCUGCGGGUUUGAGGGGUCUCAGCGGGGGCGCGCGGAGGAAGGCUGGUCGGGCGCGCGCAACAGCUGCGCGCGGCAUGACGGGGAUGCGGCGGUGCCGGGGGGAGCGCAAGCGGAUGCCGGGUGGCGGAAGCGGAAAAGCCAUCUAUCCGACACUGCCGACGACUCCGCCUGUCUGACAUCAUCACAUGGCCCUCACGCCCCCGCCUUUGCCCUGCCGCACGCGGCCGUCGCGCCGUCGCACGCGGACUCCCCUUUUGCGCAUCCAUCCGCCUCCCCGCCCGCGCACGCCACCCGCUGGGACGUUCCCCUUUUCUCCGCCAAGCGCGCAUGCCUCGCGGCGGCCCCGCACAGGCCCGCGGAAGGCGCGGCAUGGGCGGAGAGGCCAGGCGCGUGGGGGGCAGGGCCAGCGGCUUUCGAAGCGCAAGGUCGGGCGGCGGCGGCGGCGGUGGCGGGGAAGGCGGAGGGCAGAGGCGGCGCGUGGCGCGCUCUGAGCGCAUCGUCGGUCGACUUCGCGCCGCAUUCUUUCCAGCCAAUCGCAGAGUCAGAUUUGCUUCUGGAGGCGUCGGGCAGCGGAGCGCCGCUUGCGUUCGCCGUGGGCGCGGCAGCGGGCGCGCACGGUGACGGGCGGGGGGGCCUCCACCAUCCCGCGUCCUCCGCGCGCAGCAUCGGCGCGUCAAUGGAGAGCGGCGCGCGCACGCGGCGGGUGGUAUGCGCGCGGGGCAGGAAGCGGCGGGGAGCGGGGGUGGAUCCGGGGCAGCAGGUCGCGAUGGCGCGGGGAGCGGGCGACCCAGGCGCGCUUAUCGAGGCGGGCGGAUGGGCGGCAGCGCAAGGGGAAGGGGAGCAGAGCUCGUGCGCGUAUGGUGGGGAAAGGGCCGAUGCGGAGGGCGGGGAAAGGGCGGAGGAGGAAGCGGAGAGGAGGGAAGGAGGAGUCGGCGCAGAGAGCACCCCGCGACCGAGGAGGCGGAGACGAAAGGUGGGGCUAGUGGGGGUGGCGGAGGAAGGGGAGACGGCGGAGGAUGAGCGGGAUGGGCUAGCUUCGUCGGCGAGGCGGCCUCCAUCCGCGCAUGCGCCCGUGCUUGCGGGAUGCGCGUCGGCAGGCACGGCGGGCGGCGGGCCAGCAGGGAGUGCGAGCGUGGAUGACGGCCUGCGCGCAGGCGGUGCCGCGAUCGCCGGCACGUGUGCGCCGGCGCCCGCGGAGUGCCGCGCGCGCGAGGGGAGCAGCGGGGACAGCAGCGGGGGCAGCAGCGCGUGCGAGCGGGAGAGCACGGGCAGCGAGCAGCGCGCAGGGCGGAGGCGGAACGCGCGCGUGCUGCAGGAAUCAGUGAACGGCGCGCGCAGCGAGGGGCUACGCGAUGAUGACGGGGAGGCGCGCUGCGGCGAUGACGACCGUGGAGACACGCGGCAACGGCAGAGGCAGCGGCAGAGACCAAACGGAACAGCGGGGGGAGCGGGAGCAGAGGAGGCGGACGAGGAGGCGGAGAUGAGGCGGCGGUUCAGCGUGGUGGUGCAGUCACAGGUGGUGGGUGGCGAGGAGGAGGACGGACCACUGGAAGGGGAGGCCGAUAGGUGCAUGGCGGACCACGUAGGGGCGGCCAAGUUUGUCCUCUCCUCUGGGCGAACACUCUCAGCAGAGGGACUGCCAGCGCCCAAGAAGAAGCCCACCAUAGAUGACGAGUUUGAGCAGUACUUUGCGCAGCUGCUCUUGUAG